GCGCGACUUCUUGAAGAACUAGCUUUGUCAGCCAACCUGGCUCGCCCAGGCAGGAGAAAAAAAUAGUGGAUGGAGACUAUUCCCCUCUUGCCUUUCUUCUGUCACUGAGGGCAUUUGCUCCUUUCUGGAAAAUGCCACUUGAUAAGGGGGGAGGGAUAUUGGAUUUGGAGAAAGAGGAAUAAUAAAACCGCCAUUUCUGGGAUGAAUAUUUUUUCUUUCCUAAGAAGACUGUUCUGGCUCCCUGGCUGCUUGGUAACCCCCGCCCUAGUGAAAGGGUGGGGAACUCAUUGCUGCCAAUUGCCACCAAGCCCUUCAGGCUACCUGAACCAUCUUUGAAAAUGCCAGGGGCUGUGUCGGGCUGGUGGUGGCUCCGAGGAAGAGGCCAAGGCUAGCAGCGGUCUGGGUGCCCAGUUUGGGUGGAACUUGAACGUAGUAACGUUGUCUAUAUAUACCCUGUAGAACCGAAUUUGUGUGGUAUCCACAUAGUCACAGAUUCGAUUCUAGGGGAAUAUAUGGUCGAUGCAAAAACUUCACUUUUCUCCAAAAUAGCCUGAGUCAGAAGGAGAGGCCAGAAACAGCGGGGCGGGUCAACCACCUCUUUCUCUUUUAUUACGUUGGACUCCAGGAUCAUCAGCGGAUCGACUGAGCCUGGUGACACAGAGCACCCUUUUCUUCAAGAAGCACCUCACCUUUAUACGGAGGCUCCUGUGUAAACACCUAAUUGGUUGCAGGAAUUCGGAGCCAAAGGGCUAGGUUUUGGAGGACUGGGGAGUGCAGUGGGAGGCCAGGUAGCCCCAGCUCGGCCCUCAAGGAGCAUGAGGUUGGAGGGUGCCCCAUGAGGGGCUCACUGGCCUUUGAGUGCCCUGUGAGAAGGAGGCGCGCUGGAAAGAAGGAGUGCAGAGUCCUUUUGGGGUCCAUUUGGGUGGGGAGGGGUACCCUCGCCAUCUUCCUGGCACACCUCUCAGCUUCACGGGCUGAGGCAGGGGGAACCUCUUGCCAUACCUGCAAGGCCUGGCUUUGGCUAGAAUUACCCCAGCUCGGGCACUCACAGAAAGCUGGGCGGUUACUCAUUGCCUAAAUGGAUUCAGGCCAGCCAGAUUGUAGUAACUUUUGGGUGACCCUGAGGAAGACAAAGCCGGGACUGAGCCUUUGUAUGGCAGUCCCCAUUCCCGCGGCCGGGCUGGCGGGAGCUCUGCCUGCUGGGGUAUUCUGCCCAACUCUGAGCUGCCUCACCCACCUGCCUUUUGGUGCCUACACUCCAACGGAUAUUCGGAUUCAGUCCACUUUGAGCUGUGCCCACUUUGGGGGGCUGUUUUCUGGCGGGUUGGUGAGUGGAGAGGGCACUGGAGGUUAGCAAAGUCAGUGGCAGACAAAAGCUGGAAUUACUUUUGGGGCGAUGAGGGUGCUGAGGGUUAUAAGUAUAUUAACAUCUCAUGAGGGCCCUCGAAUGUGCCACAGCGAGUCACUUGAUUACACGUAUGUUAUUUAGUUAAAUUUGUGAAAAUUAUGAGAUGCUCACCAACCCGGUGAUAAACUCGCUCCCUCCCUAUUGGCUGGCCUGGUCACAUGGCCGCCAACUUUAUUCAGUUGACAGCAAGUAGGAGGGCCCUAUGGAAGGAGAAAAAAAGACAACACGAGAAAAAUUAGUAUUUUCUACCUUCUGAAAUUAAUGGCCAUGAGUUCGUAUAUGGUGAACUCCAAGUAUGUGGACCCCAAGUUCCCUCCCUGCGAGGAAUAUUUGCAGGGCGGCUACCUAGGCGAGCAGGGAGCCGACUACUACGGCGGCGGCGCACAGGGUGCUGACUUCCAGCCCCCAGGGCUCUAUCCGCGGCCCGACUUCGGUGAGCAGACCUUCGGAAUUUUUAUAGCUGAGGGAGCAGGCCGGGACCAUGUGGCUGGCUGCAUGUCUGUGGGCAAAAAGGGGGGUGGAGAUGGAGGGGGGAGGAGGAUUCCAUUUUCAGAACAGAGGCUCCACGGUGGAGAGAAAUGGGGGCUUUCCAAAAUGCUUGGAAAUUCCGGAGCUUUCGUGAACCCCAACUACACCGGCGGGGAGCCCAAGCGGUCCCGGACAGCCUACACCCGGCAGCAAGUCCUAGAACUGGAAAAGGAAUUUCAUUUUAACAGGUAUCUGACGCGGCGCCGUCGGAUUGAAAUCGCUCACACCUUGUGUCUGUCUGAGCGCCAGAUCAAGAUCUGGUUCCAGAACCGGAGGAUGAAGUGGAAAAAAGACCACAAGCUGCCCAACACCAAAGGCAGGUCCUCGUCCUCCUCGUCCUCCUGCUCCUCCUCGGCCGCCCCCGGCCAGCAUUUGCAGCCGUUGGCCAAGGACCACCACACGGACCUGACGACCUUAUAGAAGUGGGGACCCUGGGCCCAUCCCUCCCUGCGCUCCCGGCUGAGCCGAAGCCGCAGGGGCAGGCCCGGCCUGCUGUCACCUCGCUGGGCUCUAAGGUACUGUAGGGUGGACCUGGGACGUGCAGGCCGUCCUUGGACUAGGUUAGCAUCCUGCCCGAGGGCAGCCCCCUACCUGGAGCAGGUAUGGGGGUGGGAGGGGGACGGGACUCUCUCUCUAAGUAUAUGAUCAUAUGGCAGGAGCUACUGAGAACAUAAAACCUUGGCGAGUCAUUAAACUCAUGAAAAUCUCCGCUGUUGGAUUUUGAAUUUACAAGUGAAGGUUGAAUGCUUUACCCCAGUGUGAAUUUGAACAUCCUCCCCCACCCCACCCCUCCAGGGAUGCUGUGGUUUAAUAAUGUGGGGGAGUCAGGCAGCAGGUUAGCAACCCCUGUGCUAGGUGCUUUCAAUGGAAGCCGGAGAGCUGUGCCAGGAUUUCUGAACUUUCUGGGUUGUCUGUAUAAUUUCCAGUGUGAAAUUAUAUACAUUGUUCCCACUGGCCCAUGCCCAAAGAAAUGAGUCUAAGAAGGAAGUGGAAACGGGUUGUUUUAUGUUUAGAUUAUAUUUGCUUAAAUAUUUAUUUGGUGGGGAAUGGGGUACAGAAAUAACUGACAUCUUAAUGCCAAAAAUCUUAAGAUGGUGAAAGGGUCCAAAUUUCAGGGAACAGAAUCAGAGAUGUGUGGACUUACUUCAGGCUGUAACUGGCAUUUUGAACCCCACCCCCUCCCCAUUCCCCGGAAAUGUGUGUAGGGGCCCUUAACCCUUCUAGAGGGAAGCAAAGAGUCCACUCUGAGUUGCAUUCUUGAAAAUAUAUUUCCACAUGUGCUUUUUUCAGCACUGUGCUACAACCAGUAUUAAAGGUUGUUAAAGGAAAGGAAAAAAAGAAAGAAACAAAUGGUCCAACAUUUUCCUUCUGGGGAAAGAAAACAAAACCUCUGUUCUGGGUCAUUUGAUAAUGACCAAAUUUUCUGUUCCAACUGGAUUCCAAAUACCCAAAUAGCCCAUCUAGCAAUAUUUUAUAAGAACUGGUGUAUGGCCUAUUUGGGAGAAGGGGGUGUGCAGUGGGAAGAAAGUGGGAAGUAGAGGAAGUCUUACUUUAAAAAGGAAAAAAAAAACCUAAUUGAAUCUAGAAGUCCACGAAAGUUGGUCUUAGGGUUUUUCCCUGAAGUUUUUAUUUUUAAAACAAACCUUAAGGAAGUUUUUCUCAAUCCAUUAGUUGGAAGCAGAAAUUGUAAAAGUACAAAAGUUUUCAGGCCCUCUUUCUUGCCUUGAGAAUAGUGGUUUAAAACAAUCGCUCUCGAACAACAGGAGAGAUAUUUUUAAAUCAUUUUUCUUAUGCCUUGCCUGGGAAGGGUUCAAAGCUCAUUUUUCUAAAAUGUUGACCUGUAGGGAUAAGGGGAAAGAGUCAAAGGUAAUGACCAGGGUUUAUAUACUCAAAGGAAACGGGGCUUCGAAAGUUUAAAUCCCAAAGCCUGGGGCUCCAAAAAGAAACCCCAGGUUGUAGCUAUCAAAAAGUGACAAAAGCAGGGAGGGAUAAAGGGUGAGCUUAAAAGAGAGACUCAGAAUUGGGUUAUUUUUUUUUUCAGUGCUUCUGAACACUUUAGUAAUUAAAAAUACAUUUAGGUGGAGGGGAAAGAAAAGAUUUUCUUUGCAGCCAUGUUCUUUGGUUCAGUGUCUCCUGAGAGUUGAGGGCAGGUAUUCACUGGAGUCCCUAGGCUGAAAUUCCACUUCUCUAAAGUAUCUUCCAAGCCUUGGUCUUUUGUAUUAGACCCUGGGGACAGCUCUUUGUUCCUCUUUGGGGUGAGCCUGGCUCUCAGACUUGCACAUGGCAAUACUUGAAUAUCGGCACGUCGGGAUAUUAAAGAUGGAUAUUCCUGCAUUAUUCACAUCAUUGUUUCUAUGACAAAAAGCACAGAGUUCAUACAUAGUCAAGAUGUCUUUUUUCUGACACCCUCACGUUGAGAAGCUGAAAAGGUAUUUUACUGAAGUUCGGGGCUAAAUUACAGAAUCAGGUUCAUCCAGAGGACAAAUUUUCUAUUCGAUUAGCUGUAUUUCAGCCGGGAGGACUGACCUCUAAACCCUUAACCUUUUGGACUCUAACUACCCUUCUCUUCUUUUUUUUCCCCCCUCUGACAUGGAGAGUGGUCUUUGGAUGUAACAGUUGAAAAGAGCAGUUAUCCUUGGACAAGUUGGAAAGUUGCUAAGAUUCUUUCUUAAAACCCAGAUCUGUGAAUACAUUUAACGUCUCCUUGGGAGGGGGUAAAAGUAUGUUUUCACAACAACCAACUACUAUACAGGGGUGGGCAAAAGUAGGUUUAUAGUGUAAUACAAAUAAGUGAUACAAUAAUUAAUCAA